CGAUUGGUAUUCCACUACAAUCCAGUGGUGCCGAAAAACUCUUGACGUUUUCCCAAUUGUAAAACUAAAACGUGUAGAAAAAACUUCUUGGAAAUUUCCGACAUGGGGAACUUUCUAAAUACUGUGAGCGACAAUACUUCCCAAUCUGGCCCGAAUGUUCCCGUUCCAAUCGGGGUAGAUAAUUCCCAGGAGGAAGUUGAAACAUCCACCACCAAUAUUAGUUCUGCUAGCUCUAAUACCCAUAACCCAUCGAGUCCGAUGCGCAGGCGCAACGACGAAAACGAGCCUUCGGAUGGGGACUACAAGUGCCCGGUUUGUCUGGAAAGCGUACGGGAGCCAUUGUUGGCAAAAUAUGGACACAUUUUUUGUCGCCAAUGCAUCGAAACCGCCAUACGCUCCUCUCACAAGUGCCCAAUGUGUAACAUGAAACGGGACAUAAGCGAUGCAAUGCGCAUUUAUUUGUAAUACUGUAAUUCGAUACAGUACCAAUGCUCUGUUAGUCAUCUGGGCCUCUUCCUGAAUUGUAUUUGUUUGGUUUUAACUUCGGAAGGAAGAAUGAGGAAUUACCUCUGUUGGCUGUAAAAAUAAACUUGGUGCUAAAUACU